AUGGAAAAUCCACCACCGGUCCCUUUCCUGGGAGGUUGGGUGAAGAACCUACAAGAGCCGAUCUAUUGCAUUGACGUGGUGAGGGACAAGAGAGGUCUUUGGCGCGGGAAAAAUCCUAUCGAUGAUGCCUUCACCGUGUUCAUAUCGCAGUUCGUGAUCAUCACCGCGGCCUAUGUGAUGUUCCGAUUUCUUCUCAAGCCUCUCAGACAACCUAAAUUCGUUUGCAGCGUCCUGGCAGGCAUUGUUGCGAGCCCCCAGGUCAUGGAGCUCACUAAAUUAUUUCCAGAAAAAUCCUUCCCACACGAAGAAAUCCUUUUGGUAAGAACAGUAGGUGCUCUCGGUGCGACGUAUAUUCUAUUCUUAACGGCAGUGAAGACCGAUGUAACAGUCGUCGAGAGAUUACUGAAAAAGGCCUUGUUCAUCGGCUUCGCCAGCGUAAAUAUGAGCACUGCCAUCAUCUUCUUAUUGGUUCGAAAAAUGAACCUUCCAGGAGUACACAAAGGAUUCUUCGUAUUUCUAUUUGCAGGGGGAAUAUCCUUAGUGCGAUUCCCUAAUGUUGUCUAUGCUUUUGAUGAACUCAACAUCUCGACUUCUGAUCUAGGCCAGCUCGCCAUGUCAACUUCUAUGCUAUGCGAAGUAUAUGUGUUGGCGAGGAUGAUGAUGGACGUAUACUUCAAAAGUGAUUCAAUAACAUUUUGGGCAGUUUCAUCUGCCUUAGCUUUGUUGCUGAUCAUAUUUGGAGUCGUAGGACGUUUGAUCAGGUUGAUUAUCAGGAAGACGCCUGAAGGGCAACCGCUGCAUGAUCUUUGUAUCCUUUCUAUCUCAAUCGGAGCUUUGUUGAUAGCAUUUCUAGCGGACAUGAUAGGCACGUUGCCAUUCGGGGUGAUCAUUUUUGGGUUGGUGAUACCGCACGGACCCCCUUUAGGAUCGGCUUUAACUGAGAAGGUUGAGCUGGUCGCCAUGGAAAUUUUGAUGCCAAUGUUUUAUGUUGGCGUUGGCUAUAGUGUUGAUUUGGCUUCGAUCAAUAUGACUAAUUCGAGGAAAAUCAUCCUUGCGAUGAUAGCGGGUGCUCUAGCAAAGCUUGUUGGAGCUACAUUAGCUGCGCUAUGCUGCAAAAUAAGGCUCCGUCAUAGUGUCCUGCUUGGCCUCUUGCUCAACAUUAGGGGUCCUUUUGAUUUAUUUCUCUUCCUUCGCUGGACCGCAGAAAAGGCCAUAGACUCGGAAACUUUUACAAUGGUAGUGUUAUCGGAAGUGGCGAUUAGCGCGGUCGUGACACCUUUGAUCGACAUUUUCUAUAAUCCACAUUCGAGAUUGAGCGCAUCUUCCAGAAAAUGCACAAGAUCCAUUCAAAAAAUCCCGAGGAAUGUCGAAGUACGGAUUCUUUGUUGCAUUCACAAUCAAGAAGAUGUCCCCGGCACCAUUUCUCUUCUCGAAGCAUCAAAUUCAACCGUUGCCAGUCCGACAUUUGCCUACGUCGUCCACCUGAAGGAGCUCGUCGGACGCGCAACACCGGUCAUCGCCCCAUACAAAAGACAUAUGAAAAGAGUCACAUCCGGAGGGACCUACCAUAUAAUGCGUGCUUUCGAGAAUUAUUCCAACAACUCAAAUCACCUGGCAGGAGUAGAACCCUACACGGUGAACGCAGCAUACAAAGGGAUGCAUGAGUACGUAUGCCGAUUUGCUCAAGAAAAAUUCAUUCCUCUCAUCAUCAUCCCCUUCCAAGGAAGCCAUGAGAUGGCAAAUGCCUUAGAGGCCAUUGCCUUGCGGAAUCUAAGAGAGAACAUUCGAGAUUAUGCUCCAUGCACAGUUGGGACAUUUAUAGACAAGGGCAUGCACCGUUGCAUGGGUAAAGGACUCGCAUUUUCUUGUAAGAUCGGCGUGGUAUUCAUCGCGGGUCCACACGACCGCGAGGCAUUAGCGUUGGCUAUCCGGAUGGUCGGACGGCCGGACGUGACUAUUACAGUGCAUCGGAUCAUCUUCCGUGAAGUCGACAUGGACAUACAGGAAGUCAUGGACAAGGAGAUCGAUGAUGCGCUUAUCAACGAAUUCAGGGCUAAAAAGGUCGACAUCGACGAAGGCAACAUAUACCGUGAGGUUGAAGUGCGAGAUUCCGAGCAAGUGAUUAGCCAAAUUGGGAAUCUAAAGGACAAGUUUGAUCUCAUAAUGGUAGGACAAAAGAGAAGGGUAAGGGGUUUGUUCUCGGAGGAAACGAUGUUGGGUUGGACUGAAAAUCCAGAACUGGGAGUGAUCGGCGAUUUAGUCGCAUCGUCGGAGUUCUGUGGGCAGAUGACGUCGGUGUUGGUGAUGAAACAUCCUGGUGACACCAACAGCUCGUACCAUGGUAGUAUCUCUAGAAAACCAGAAGGCGAGCAGUGUCUUCUUGAAAGAACAAAUUGUUGA